AUGCCCCGUACUACUACCACCAAUCGUAUCUCUGUGAUGGACGGCCGCGUUGCUGAGCUCGAGAAUUCCAUGGCUUCGCUCAAAGCUUCUGUCGAUGCUUCCAUGGUUUCUCUUCCUUCCUUAAUUGACAAUGCGGUGGCUGCUACUCUCGACACUAAAUUGCAGCUCUACUUCGAGCAAUUCCGUCGUGAGCUGCACUUUCGUCCAGGCAGUAGUGGUCUUCCUGUGCCUAUGGUUCUUGACUGUUCCGAUCCUCAUGCAUCUGCACCUGAUCUACGGCCUCCGAGUCCGAACCGUUUUAGCGGUGAUCAUCCGCCGCGGCCACCAUGGAUCCAGCGCGUUGAGUUUCCUCGCUUUGUCGAUGGCGAUGAUCCGCUUGCUUGGAUUUACAAAGCUGAGCAGUCCUUUUCCUACUACAACACUGAUAGGAGGUUACAGUGGUUUAAGUGGCGCGAUUGUUUGCGCACUACACCAACCUGGAAGGAGUUCACUCGCGCCUUGUGCUUGGAGUUUGGACCACUCGAAUUUGAGGACAUAGCGGAGACACUUUUUAAGCUGCGCCAUACAGGUACUUUGAAGGAUUACAUCUCUGAAUUUAGGCGGUUGGCUACUCGUACUUCCGAUAUUAGUCCUGUGUUGCUUAAGAGUUGUUUCCUCGGCGGUUUAAAAAAAGAGCUGAAGUUUGAUGUUAAAUUGCUUAAACCUGCUACUGGCCAUGAUGCGAUUGCAAUUGUCGUCCAACUAGAUGCUAAAUUUACUAAGUUUAAGAGUAAUCCGGCUAAACCCUCUCCUGUGUUGAAACACCAGUUUGUCCCUGCCAUUACUCCUCCUUCCGUGCCCCCACACCCUGGUAAUCUGCCAGUCAAGCGAUUGUCCCUUGAGGAAGUUCAACGGAAGAGGGAGAGAGGCGAGUGUUGGUUUUGUUUAGAUAAGUGGACCAGGGGUCAUAAAUGUGGAUUAAAACAACUUCUUAUGUUAGAUCUACUGGAUGGUGUUGAUGAGUGUAUUACUGAGGAGCAGCCGGAGACUUCGGAAUUGUAUCAUAUGGCACUUAGUGAAUGUGCUUUUUAUGGUACCACUGCUAGCCAAACACUGCAAACAAUGAAGGUCAAGGGUUUGUUGAAAGGCCAUUCUGUCAAGAUCAUUUUGGAUUCAUGGAGUACUCACAAUUUUGUGGAUUCCAAGCUUUUGAAACAGUGGGGAUUUCCAGCUCAAACUACAAGGCAUUUUGAAGUUAUGAUUGCAGAGGGGGGAAAAGUGAAAAGUUCAGGGUGUUGUAGGGAUAUGCCACUGUCGUUGGGGGGUUACAAGUGUGCAGUGGACCUUUAUGCUUUGCCAUUGGGAGGAUGUGAUGCAGUGCUAGGUGUACAAUGGCUUUCUUCUUUGGAAACCAGUACUCUCAACUCGUCACAACUGCAGGAAUUACAAACAUUGUUGGGAGAAUUUGAAGACAUUUUUGAGCUACCUACUAAACUGCCACCAUCCAGGUCACUUGAUCAUUCUAUUGCUUUAGUUCCUGGUGCUAAACCUCCCAACUUGAGGCCUUAUCACUAUGGACCUCUUCAAAAAACGGAAAUUGAGAAGGCUGUACAAGAGCUUUUGGAUGCAGGAUUUAUAAGGGCUAGCCAUAGUCCCUUUUCAUUCCCCGUACUUUUAGUCAAGAAGAAGGAGGGCACAUGGAGAAUGUGCAUUGACUAUAGGGAAUUGAAUGCACUUACAAUUAAAGACAAGUAUCCUAUUCCCCUCAUUGAUGACUUGUUGGAUGAAUUGCAUGGCUCAAAGUAUUUUUCUAAGCUCGAUUUGAGAUCUGGAUAUCAUCAAAUUUUAAUGAAACCUGAGGAUGUGGGCAAGACAGCAUUUAGAACCCAUGAAGGUCACUAUGAGUUUUUGGUGAUGCCUUUUGGGCUCACUAAUGCACCUGCAACAUUUCAAAAUGUGAUGAAUGAUCUGUUUAAACCAUUCCUCAGGAAGUUUGUGCUUGUUUUCUUUGAUGAUAUACUAAUCUAUAUCACCUAUUGGCAGCACCACUUGGUUCAUUUGAAGGAAGUACUCACUGUGCUUCACAAAAAUCAGCUAUAUCUCAAAAAGUCUAAGUGUUCUUUUGGUCAAAGUAGUGUUGAGUAUCUGGGACAUAUAGUGUCUAAGGAUGGGGUGGCUGCAGAUCCAUCAAAGCUCAAAGCAAUUCAGAAGUGGCCUCAACCCAGAAAUGUAAAGGAGUUAAGAAGAUUUUUGGGGCUUACUGGCUAUUAUCGACAAUUUAUUCCCAGUUAUGGGAAGCCAAUUGCAAUUUUCAGUCAAGCACUUGGGCCUAAAAACCAGGCAUUAUCGACUUAUGAGAGGGAGCUUAUUGCCAUAGUUCAUGCGAUACGUAAAUGGCAGAAUUAUUUGCAAGGAAGGCACUUUGUUAUAAAGACUGACUAUAGCAGUUUGAAGUAUUUCUUGGGGCAGAGAACCAACACUCAGUUCCAACAAAAGUGGGUGGCUAAACUUCUCGGAUUUGAUUAUGGAUUUCAGUAUCGAAGUGGGAAGGAAAACACUGUGAUGGAUGACUUGAGAAGGUAUAAUGAGAGUGAUACUUGGAUCAUGGACAAAAUUAGGGAGGUGACUGAGUACAAACUUAAGGGCACCACCAACCUUGCUUUAGCUAAAUAUUCUCUCGAUAAUGGGUUUUUAUGCUACAAGAAGAGGGUAGUAAUUAGUCCAACUUCUCAGUGGAAACCAAGCUCAUGGAGGAGCAUCAUUGCACACCAGCAGCAGGUCAUCAAGGGGUAG